AUGUUUCUGCGAAAUAUUCCCAUAACGAUAACAACUAGAUCUCUCAUAGGAAACGAAACAAAACGUUAUUUUAUGAAAUGUUACCCUUACGCAUCUAAUACCUCUGGUUUUCAAGGAAAUAACAAGAGUUCAAACAUAUUAGAUAAUCAUCUCUCGACAACGAUCACCUCCCCGAAUGGGAAGAGAAUAAUAAUGGAAAAAAAAGCCAAAAAAGAGGAUAUCUCGAUAUUUGAAGACCAAAUUAAAAGAGUCAAUGACCUUUCUAUUAAAUUUUCCGAUCAUAAUGCUAAGAUCACAGAACUUCCCCCAAAUUUUGGAUCCAAUCAAGUGAUUAUUGUAGAGAAGGAUCUAGAACGUGAACUUAAAGGAAUAGUUAAUUCAUUUGAUGCCUCGAUCGAAGUGGCAAUUGGAUAUGGUUCGGGAGUAUUUGAACAAGUGGGAUAUACAAGUGACCAGCCUCAGGAGAAACCUCAAAUCGAUAUUAUUUUCGGUGUAGUCGAUCCUGUGAAAUUUCAUACAACAAAUUUGAUUCAAAAUCCUCAUCAUUAUUCAAGUAUGAAGUAUUUAGGGAGUGGUAAGAUAUCAUCAUUUCAAGAACUUGGAGCAGGCAUAUAUUUCAAUCCAUUUACUAAUAUUAUGGGUCAUCAAGUGAAAUAUGGUGUAGUCUCUAUGAGUAGACUCUUAAGAGAUCUUUCACAAUGGGAUACAUUUUACCUCGCUGGCCGAUUACAGAAACCUGUUAAAUUUCUUAAGGAUAAUAUGUCUAUAAGAUAUUGGAAUCAAAUAAAUUUAAGAAAUGCUGCAACAUUGGCCAAACAUCUAACAUUAAAGAAACAAAAACAAAAAUUGAAUCAAUCAAGAAUUGAUGAAUAUCAAUUCUUCAAAGAGAUUUCUGGUUUAAGUUAUUUAGGUGAUAUCCGAUACACUUUAGGUGGUGAAAAUCCUAAUAAGAUUACAAAUAUUGUGACUAAGAAUCUAGAAAAAUUCAGAUAUUAUUAUGGUCCAAUCUGGGAAGAUGUUGUUAUCAAUGGACAUCAUUCUCUACCUCAAGGUUUUACUUAUGAGAACUCUGUCCAUCUUUUGAGAAAUAGAAUAGCAGAAUAUAGUGUUAUACAGACUACUAAGGGUAUAUUUACUGCAGGUGUUACUAAAUCAAUCAAAUAUGCGUGGAAUAAGAAAAUGAAAGCGUGGAAGCAACAUUAA